UCAGUGCGUAUAUCAUCAUAUAUAUCUUAGAGCGGCAGUUUCAGGGCUGUUUUUGUCAAAUCUCGUGCUAAAAAAAAAACCCUUCUUGUGGGUACCCCCCCUAAGGAUUUGGCACGCUACCGGGAGCGAGCGCUUAGUCUAGACUCGGACUGUGUCAUGGCGCUCGAGAGCUCAUGAGAACUGCGUUCGCAGAGUUACAACAUGGGAAACUCGCCCCCAACCAGGCGGGAACAACUAGAUACUAUGAGUCCUGAAGCGCUGGUUUGCCGUUUAAAACGGGCUGCGUACAAAGGCUCUAAAAAAGACCUUCGAGAACUCUUAAAAGCUGGAGCCCCGAUAGAUGGCUGCCAUAAAUACGGCAAAACUGCUUUGCAUGAGGCUGUGAGGCACGGCCAGUUUCGCUGCGUGGAAAUUUUACUCAAACACAACGCCAAUGUGAAUAUAGCAACGUACGACGGUUUAACGCCGCUUCACGAAGCUUCUGAGCAAGGAUUUUCGGAUUGUUUGGCCGCACUGAUUGAGCAAGGCGCUCACGUAAAUGCUGCCACUCGCUCAAACUGGACGGCGGUUCACUACGCCGCACGGAACGGUCAUUUCGAGUGCUUGGAAAUGUUACUUAGGCACGGUGCACUAGUCAAUGCUACCGCUAAUGGUGGCUGGAGACCUUUGCAUGUUGCUGUAAGGCAUGGACAUACGAAUUGUGUGAAACUAUUGCUGAAAUACAACGCAGAAGUUGAUCCGCCGCUCGUGCCUGCAUGGAGGAUUUUGCAAGUUCCACUCCACCACGCAGCUGAGUAUGGUCACCUCGCAUGUUUGGAGGCGCUAUUACAUCAGGGCGCUGAUGUGAAUUCCAGUACCCCUGAGGGGUGGACUGCGCUACAUUCUGCCUCCCUGUAUGGGCAUACAUCUUGUGUUGAAGCACUAAUAAGAUAUGGAGCUAAUGUGGAUGCGAAAACAAUUUGCCUGACACAAGGGACGUCGUACGACGACACUCCACUACACCUGGCGGCAAGGCACGGCCACUCGUACUGCAUGAAGAGACUCAUUCAGGCAAAUGCCAAUUUAUGGACGAAAAAUUGCUUAGGCCUUACACCCGAGCGAUUUAUUACGACAGACUAUAGACUACGGGAAUGGGUGGAAAAUAUACAAAGCCAGCCGCGCUCUUUACAGCUGCAGUGCUCUGCUAAAGUUAGGACUUAUUUACAGCCGGACAAGACUCGGAAUGCACUCAAAUUGCCUCUACCCGGACAUCUACUCAGACUUGUGUUAUUUGAACAAGAUGUGAAGAUUCUAUAGCAUUUGCUAAGGCAAGAUGUUACGGCCCUAUAGCAAUUGCUAAGGCAAGAUGUUAGGAUUCUAUAGCAUUUUCUAAGGAAAUAUGUUAGGAUUCUAUAGCAUUUUCUAAGGAAAGAUGCUAGGAUUCUAUAGCAUUUGCCAAGGCAAGAUGUUACGGUUCUAUGGUAAUUGCUAAGGCAAGAUGUUAGGAUUCUAUAGCAUCUUCUAAGGAAAGAUGUUAGGAUUCUAUAGCAUUUGCCAAGGCAAGAUGUGAAGAUUCUAUAGCAUUUGCUGAGGCAAGCAGAGUCUCCACCACACGUAAGCCACACGAUGCUAGAUCGGUAAACCCUAAGGGUCGAAGCUGUAAGUAAUAUUACAGUUUUUUCUAUGAAUGGGUACCACAAAUGAUCAAGGGACAUCCCGCUCCUGCUGUAAGGAAAACCUCGUGGAGAAAAGGGGAUUCUUGAUAGGAAUUGAGUGUAAUUGGGUAUAUUUUUACGAAUUCUAUAGUCAAUGCCUUAUUGGAUCUACUCUCUUUCUGAAUUACUUUAGGCCUUGUCGCCACACAUAUCUCUUUCUGUCUCCUUUUGGAGAUUCGUUGCUUACGCCACGUGUGUUUUCACCUCCUGCUCUCCGCUAUUUCCGAUCGCACUUCUAAAUCUAGCACGGUAUGGGUGUGACCCUAGCAGUUUCCCCGUGUCAGAGAUGAUUGAUUCAUUAAGGAAAUGGAUGUUGUUGGGUUUCUCGUUUAAUAAGUACAGUACAACCCUGUUUCUCCAUAGACGUGAUUUCUAGCCAAUCAGGCAUUCCGCCUUCUGCGUUCUCGGUGGUGAUAGUCGAAGUUUAAAGUGAUAGCCCCUAAAUCUCUUACCGUCUCAUAACUACUGAGUAGUGUCAUCUCGUAGACAUGCCGUAGAAUUGUUCGUUUUUUUUUUUUUUAUAGCUUUUCAAUUUCAAUGGCUUGACUCAAACGUCAAGCGCACUAAUACCUAGUGACUGCUGAAUGGCUUUCAGAGCUUCGAAGCAGUUGAAUGGAUUGCGUGUUUGUAUUGACUGCGAAAUGGCUUUCCCUUGGCGCCGAGCGCGCGCGCAAAUCUUUGGAAUCCCAUUUGGCGUUUUGUUUGCGCGGUUGAGUGGUUUUCUUGGGGCAGUUGUCAGGAUGAGUAAUAGGCCGCCAGCCAUGCGGGAACCGCUAGGAACAGGCUAGUGCGCGACUCCUGUCAGCCUGAGCAAAUAGCCGAGAGAUCAGGGGGUGAAUGAGAUUGGCUUUGCUCUUAAUCCACUGAAGCUGGCACCAAUUUCAAGAAUACACUAUCACUACAGUCAAUUUAUUUUACUUAUAAGAGGAUUUUCCCGUUUUUUGGCCUUUACAAAUUCUUCAUUGUUUUUGUUUAGUUGAACAAUUUUUUAUGCCCAUUUAUUUGGGCAGCCGUCAUUUUUGCAAACCAGUCACACUGAUGAGAGCGGCGAAACUCAGAUUCAGAGUAAAUCCAUUUAGAAUUCACGUCUAGCAUAAAGUACGCAUCAAAAAAGUGAAAUAGAAAUUGAGAAUAUGAGGAAAAGACUUUACUUGUCCUUCGCUGUCUUCUUGCUAGAUUGAAUCCCAGUCCCUUCAGAAUCGUCACAUCUCCGAAAGGACGUCGCGCUAAAAGUAUCUCUACAGAAAAUAUAUUCCGAAUUAUGUUUUGUAUGAUAUUGUACAGUAGUUCAAGAGAUAAAACUUGAAUUUCACCA